AUGAAAGAGGACCGAGGAGGCUCCUACAGAAUGAGGAUUUACGAGAGGCCUGACUUUGGAGGACAGAUGAUAGAAUUCAUGGAUGACUGUACAUCUAUCUACGAUCGUUUCCGUUACCGUGACAUCCACUCCUGCCAUGUGAUGGACGGUUACUGGAUCUUCUAUGAACGUCCCAACUACGGAGGGCGACAGUACUUCCUGAGACCCGACAGCAAAGGUGAUGAGGUGGCAAUAUCCACCGUAUCCAUCUCAGAUUCUGAGCUGUCUUCAACACCUGAGGAAGAAGGAAAAGCCAUGGGUUGCAAAACAGUCGGAAAGGCUGUCGAGGAGCUGCAAAGUUUGAGAAAUCAUGAAUUUACAAACCUGUUUCUUCCCUCACAGAUCAUCUUUUACGAGGACAGGAGCUUCCAGGGACGGCACUAUGAGUGCAGCAGUGACUGUGCCGACCUGUCCCCUUACUUCAGCCGCUGUAACUCCAUCCGUGUUGAGAGUGACUGGUGGGUGGUGUAUGAGAAACCCAAUUACAUGGGAUACCAGUAUGUUCUGACCAGGGGAGAGUAUCCUGACUACCAGCGCUGGAUGGGAUUCAAUGACAACAUUUGGUCAUGUCGCACUUACCCAUACUACCGAGGAGGCUCCUACAGAAUGAAAAUUUACGAGAGGCCUGACUUUGGAGGACAGAUGAUGGAAUUCAUGGAAGACUGUCCGUCUGUUUACGAUCGUUUCCGUUACCGUGACAUCCACUCCUGCCAUGUGAUGGACGGUUACUGGAUCUUCUAUGAACAUCCCAACUACAGAGGGCGACAGUACUUCAUGAGGCCCGGUGAAUACAGGAGAUACAGUGACUGGGGAGGCUACAGCUCAACUAUUGGAUCUUUCAGGCGAAUGAGGGACUUUUAG